AAAUGGGUGUAGUUUAUUCACGUAGUCAGCAGCGGGUACUUCCGGUGUGUGCGGAAACGCAAGAGUAGCUACUUCCGCGUUUAGCCCCCUCCGCCGAAACUGAGAAAUGACGGCCACUCUGCGUCCGUAUCUCAACGCCGUGCGCGCCACGCUGCAGGCCGCGCUCUGCCUGGAGAACUUCUCCUCUCAGGUGGUGGAAAGGCACAACAAGCCAGAGGUGGAAGUAAGGAGUAGCAAAGAGUUGCUCCUCCAACCUGUAAUCAUUAGUCGAAACGAAAAGGAGAAGGUUCUGAUCGAGGGCUCCAUCAACUCUGUGAGAGUGAGCAUCGCCGUCAAGCAGGCAGAUGAGAUCGAGAAGAUUCUGUGCCAUAAAUUCAUGCGUUUCAUGAUGAUGAGAGCGGAAAACUUCUUCAUCCUGAGGAGGAAACCCGUCGAAGGAUACGACAUCUCUUUCCUCAUCACCAACUUCCACACGGAGCAGAUGUACAAGCACAAACUAGUGGACUUUGUUAUUCAUUUCAUGGAAGAGAUCGACAAGGAGAUCAGUGAAAUGAAGCUGUCCGUCAACGCCAGGGCUCGCAUCGUCGCAGAAGAGUUCCUCAAAAAUUUCUGAGAGCGAGAGAGGACCUAAGCUCACAUUCCUUUUUGCAAUAUUGGCCGUCACUGUGGAGCCUUCAUGCGGCUGGGCAGAUCCUCGCUGGUGUUACCUGAGGGGAAAAGAUAAGAAGGAUGUGCAGGACGGUUGUGCAGGCCAACCGGGACUCUUCCCUUAACCCCCCAAACUUGUCCUGUGCUCAAAUUAUGGAUGUUUGUGCAUAAUAUUCCCAUCACACUUUCAGUUCUGCAGUUUAAAAUGUCCAAGGUCAACACAGCCUCUUUAGUAUUGAGCACAGGAUGAAACAAAUGUUUUUUUUUUGUUUGUUUUUUUAAAAAGAAAAGAUAAUUUAAAUGUUUUUAAAUAUAUUUACAGAUGUAUAUUAUAUGCACAUAAAUUUCAUCUUGUUUUAUUACCACAAACUUUGAACCAUGAGGGCAAUCAGUUACUUAACGUUUUAUUUCACAAGCACACUGAUGAUACAAAUUUAAAGAUCUGGCAAUUAAUAAAAAAAGAAAGUGUGUA